AUGUCCAUUGCCCUAAAAAACAAAAACAUCCUCGUCACCGGCGGCUCGCGCGGCCUCGGCGCCGCCACGGUCGAGCGCUUCGCCGCCGAGGGCUGCAACGUCGCAAUAAACUACCUGUCCGCCUCGGCGCGCGCCGAGGCCCUCGCCGAGAAGGUGCGCGCCACCUGGGGCGUCACGGCGGUCGUAAUCCAGGGGGAUGUGGCGACUGAUGCCGGGUGUGUUGCGAUUGUCGAGGAGGCCGUGAGGGCGCUGGGGGGGCUGGAUGUGGUGGUGUCGAAUGCUGGCUGGACGAAGAUUGGGGCGUUUAGUGAUCUGUAUGCGCUCGAGGAGGAGGAUUGGGAUAAGUGCUGGAACGUCAACGUCAAAGCCAACCUGCACCUCCUCCGCGCCGCCGCACCAACCUUCAACGCCAACCCCGACGGCGGCAGCAUGCUGAUCACCUCUUCAAUCGCCGCCACAAAUGCAUCCGGGAGCUCAAUCGCAUACUCGGUCUCAAAAGCAGCGGGCCUGCACCUGAUGCGCUGCCUGGCGGCGAGCCAGGGCCCGAAGAUCCGCGUCAAUGCCAUCCAGCCCGGAUUGCUGCUGACCGAGUGGGGCCAGCAGUUUCCUGAGGAGAAGAUCAAGGCGAUGAAGGAGAAGGCGGCGUUGAAGACUUGUCCGACGGUGGAGGAGUGUGCGGAUAUGUUUGUGCUUAUGGCGAAGAGCACGUCACUUACGGGGAGCUCGGUGAAGAUUGAUGCUGGGUUAUUCGUAUAA